UAGUUGAAAAGCAAUAUGAAGUUGAUCAUUGGUAGCAUUGUGUGCCUGUGCCUGUGCCUGGCCAGCGUUGGCUAUGCCCAGCCGUUGUCGCAGUCCUCGUUCUCGCUGCCAGCACCGCUGGACGCUCAGGUGUACACCGUUGUGGAUGAAAUGCAGAACAUUGGCGAGAAUACUGCCAAGGAGCUGGCGCACCAGUUCCAGGAGAUUGUCGUCGAGCCACAGCACGAGCUGGAGGCGGCCAUCGAUCAAGUGGAAGCGCGUCGUGUCGACAGUCCACAGUGUGUGGCCGUGCAGGAUGAUCGGAUCGAUGGCAUUGUGGGCAACGCUCACGUCGAGCUGCACGAGUGCGGCCUUAGUGCUGCCCACGAUUCCGCUGAGAUUGCAAGCGAUGUGAAUCAUGCCACACAGCAGCUGGUCUUUGGCGGCUACUCCUUGGGUCGCACCUACAACAAGUGCCAACGCUACAAGAACUCUGUGCUCCGUCAAUCCUGCAUGGCCAAGUUCUAUGUGCAGGGCACCAUCUAUCUGGUUAACGCACGCUCCUCCAUCAAGACCAUCAAGAAGUCCACCAACGAGCGCAUCCCGGCCGUCUUUGUCGAUAGCAACGCCUGCACCCAUGUCGCCUCCCAGAAGGCCGUCGUUGCCCUGGAUGAUGUCAAUGCUGAUAUCGAUGCCUGCAUCGCCAAGGCUCGUUAAAAAUCCCUGCCAUUUGCCAUUUCCACUAAUAAAACUUGUGUAUACUUAA